CAGUCAGCGAAUAAUUUGAAAAGUCGUCUUCAGAGUAGUCUCACAUUUCCAGUCUCACUCAAAUUUACACUCCCAUUUCGUCCUGUAACGUACGAGGGAGCCGCCCAGCUAGCAUUUAGGCAAGUUAGCAUUUCCAGCAGAAACGCGCCCCAGUUACAGUCAUGUCCUCAUUAAGCCUGAAGUCUUCUGAUGAGCUUUGUAAACUUCUGGAUGAAUAUGGGAUUAACCAUGGACCCAUAGUGGACUCUACCAGGAAACUUUAUGAGAAGAAGCUGGCAGAGGCCAUGACCAAAAACCCCAAGCCAUCUUCUGACAAGACGUACUACAGAGAAGAACAGGAGGAAAUCACAUAUGUUACAUAUCACCCACCGGUGCAACAUGAAAACUCUGGAGAUGUAACAAGAAGAACGAGGACCACUGAUAAAGCUGGUGAUGUGGAUAAUGCAAAUGAGCCUAUCAUCAGCUACACUCGAACAGCCUACCAGAGUACCCCACGAGCUACAUCAACAGCCUACACGAGCAAGUCAAGUCUGUAUGAACCUAGUCCAGGAACAGUCAAAUCUGCGGGGAGUAAAUCUGGUGGUGUACCAGGGUGGCUCCGUGUUUUGGUUUUCAUCAUUAUUGCAGUGUUUCUUUACUAUGUGUACUCAAACAUGGAGUCUGCAGAUGAAAACCCUUUUAAAAAGAUUGAUGCAUAAGUAGUUUAUCAUUUAUUCCAUACGCAUGAAGAUUCUACCAAAAAUGCAAUUUUUUUCCCCCUUGUACUGAUCUAUUCCAGUGUUUAUUUACAUUAUAAGCACAACUUUGUUUGUGUAAGAAACUUUAUAUAUUUGCAGAUUUUGUAUUAGACAUGGGCUCAUGAAGCUAGUUUUACAUUAACAUUGCAGAAAUAUACACAGAUGAGCCAUUACAUUAUGACCAUCUACCUUAUAGCCUUUGGGACCCCCUUUAGCUCGCAAAUUGAUUCAACCAGGUGGCAAUAGGUCUCCUGGGGUAUCUUGUACCAUACAUUACGGGGUGGUGGUGGUGACAUAUUGGUGACGUGAACCUGCUUUUCCAAGUGGAACCACAGAUGUUCAAUUAUGUUUGUGUCAGGUGAAUUUUUAGGCCAAGGCAUUAACGACUCCUUGGCGAUUCUGGCAGUGUGGCAUGUCACAUUAUCCUGUUGGUAAUGGUCAUCACCAGCAGGGAACACAGUUGCCAUGAAUGGGUGCAUGUGGUCCUCAACGAUUUUUAGAUACCUGACAGCUGUCUAAAGUGUCUCAAGAAAACAUUGACCACUGCAUAACACUGCCAUAGUUGGUCUGUGUCCAUCCAGCAGUGCAUCCAGGUGCAAGCCUUUAUUGGUAAUUGGCAUAUCCGUGCUAGGCCAUCGACAUGAUGCAACAGGGCCCAUGUUGGCGAUGAUGCUCAGUUAGCAUGGGGACCCGGCUGGGUCGUCGGCUAUGCAGGCUAUGCGGCUAUGCAAACUCCAAGAUUGAAGUUCCUAAGUGCCGUACCAUCAAAAUUUGACCUUUAUCAAACUCUGAUAAAUCAGCAGCUUUUCCCAUUUUGACACAUAACAAUCUACUGACCAAAAGCCAGCCCUUGGGUGGUAUAUAUACUGUUCUAUGAACUGCAACUGCUUCACUGUUCAUUUGCCAGGUGUGCUCAGUGCUCCAGGCUGGUUGUGUUCAUAAUGUAAUGGCUCAUCAGUGUUCAGUGAUCAGUGCUCAUAUAGUUUUGUUCAAAUAAAUAUCUGUAUGUGAAUAAAAGUGCAAAUAUUUUAAUAGCCCUCAUGCACGUAUUUCAGAUGCAGUGAAAAUAUUACAGAUUUAAUUCUAAAAAAAAGCAUUUUACAUGAAGCAAAAAUGGAAUAUUAAUGGGUUAAAAAAAUAGCACUUUUCAACAGUUACAAACAGAUUUUUUCCAGGAUUUAACUUCACUUUAAAUUACAUUGAGUCAACCAAAUUCUGGUACCUAUAAUGUUUGUUGUCUUAUUGAAUCACCCAUUUCAGGGGCAUUUCUCUUCGGCAUAGGGCAGCAUAAUCUCUUCAGUAUUUUGAUUACCUUGGCAGAUUGUAACCCAUACUACACAUGGUGGUUUUUUUCAAUAGUGGUGCUUUAUGAGGGCUUCUUGCUAAUAGCUUAGCUUCAGUCAAACAUUUUACUGUAAGUGUAUUUACAGGUUAGUUUAGAUCAUCUUUGAUCUUCCUGGAGUUGGGAUGAUUGGCUGAAUCUUUGCCAUUCCGACUAACCUUCUAACACUAGUUUUCUUCUGCCAUUUUAAAGCAUUUGAGAUCAUUUUAGCUGAGCAUUGUAUAAUUUUCAGUCCUUAAUACCUCUUCUCCUCUCCAAUCAACAUUUUAUUCAAAUUAUGUUUAGAAUGGCUCAUUGUACUUAGGAAUUCAGAAGGAAGAAAAAUAUAUAUAUAUAUAUAUAUAUAUAUAUAUAUAUAUAUAUAUAUAUAUAUAUAUAUAUAUAUAUAUAUAUAUAAUUAUAAUUAUACAACGUGUGGAACAUUUGCCCUUCUAUAAUAUAUAGAAAUAUAUAAAAUAAAAGAUAAUUAUUCAAACCUGCUUUUUCACAGAAAGAAUGAGUUCUCGAAUAAAACUCCACACUUUUAUUUUGAACAUGCCCCUUUUAAUGAAUGAGUAAAGGACAUGGACGUGACAAUUGGGUCUAUUUCUUACACUACUACAUCUACAAACAAAAUUAUGCGCAAUUAAGUAUCACUACUGUUAAAAAUUGGUUUAUCGGGUUAAUUAUGUAUUUUUUUAACACAACUGUAUGUAUAUAUGUAUCCCAGAGGUUAUGGUUGUAGCUGUUCAUCAGCUUAUUAAUAGCCAUAAUUGUAUUAAAAAUGAGCUGUGUUGAAUCUCAAAGAAAGUAUUAUGCCAUUAUAAAAUAGUGUCCAAAAUGUUA